GAAUCCGAUCGGUAAAACGUAAAAACCGAAUGGAUUUUUCAUACGAUUGGGAAAAUGCUAUGUGAAAGUCACCAGCCCAGUUAAAAUGAGACUCUCGAAGAAUAUCGAAGUGCUUAUCCGCGGUUUGCUUUGGCUUUUUUCAGCACAAAAAAUUUGAAAGAAAAAAAGAAAGGAAAAGGAAAAAUUGUGUGUGUGCGUUUUAUUGAGCUAAUAAAUAUUUUUUUUUUCAUUUUCUAUUCAGACACGUAAAUAAUUAAAAUUUGAAAGAAGCGAAAUAAAAUUAAAUUUAAGACAAAAAAUUUACGAAAUUGUUACCCGUAGUAUCGUUUUCGAUAUGCAAAAUUGAAUUGACAAGAGAAAAGAACAGCAGAAAAAAGCGAACACAAAAAAAAGUUUGUGUUAAUAAUACGUGAAAUUGAAUAGAAACCUUGUUCUGAUACUGUGUGCUGUGACGUAUUUCAUAAGUGCCACUCAUCUGUAAGCACAGUGGAUGGUGUGAAAUUAGGCUGCCUCGGAUAUAUGUUUAAACCGAUUGGAUUUAUUGAUCGUAUGUGGGAGUGACGUCGAAAUGGGCCAGGGGCAACCGCAUCAAACAGAAAUCGUUCUGUAUCGGUUAAAGCCCCUAUUUUCUACUCACAACUGUUUCUUCGAGCAAUCGAAGAUUAACAAUUUACUUAACAUUCAAAACUAUAAAACACAAAUUCACCAAUGGAGUAUUCAAUAUUUAUAAAUAGAAAACAUACAAUGGAAUUCGGUUAAGGAUUUAAAAAUAUAAUUUAGUGCCCCAGGAGACGAUUAAGUCUAUCCUGGUGGCCAUGGAGCCCCCUGGCGAACCGCCAGAUAGAGAUAGUAGUCAUUCUAAUCAAAGCUUAACUAAUUAUAGCGGGAAGAUUUCGGUGGGCGAUCAUAGCAUAACAGAAAAAUUAUCACGUCCUAUGGCAUUUGACAAGAUGGAGCGUUUAGUUACUGAAAUGCAGCACGAAGAAAUUGGUGUUCCUGUUCGAAGUCAAAAACUUUUCCUCACUUCAAUACCUUCGGCAUUUAUGGGCUAUGAUUUAAUUGAAUGGAUGAUGGAACGAUUGACCAUUGAAGAAUCCGAAGCUCUAAGUAUUGCUAAUCAGUUAUGUCUUCAUGGUUACUUCUUUCCUGUGAACGACAACAAAAGUCUCGUUGUGAAAGAUGACUCGUCCUUAUACCGAUUUCAAGCACGUUAUUAUUGGCCUUGGCAAUGCAAGGCGCCUGACAACCUUGAAUAUGCUAUUUAUUUAACCAAACGCACAUUACGCAACAAACAGCGCCAUGGACUGGAAGAAUAUGAAGUGGAAGCUUUGGCUAGCUUAAAUAAAAAUUUACGGGCAAAGUGGCCGUUAGUCACACUGCAAUCGGGUGAAGAGUUAAAACUGUCGAAGGACCGAAAGAAAGGCGAUAAAAUUAUUGGAGAUUCACAGGAACGUGCCUUUUGGCGAGUUCAUCGUCCACCACCUGGACAAUUUACACCAUUAGAACCAUGUCCGGUACCGUCAAGAGAUCGGCAAGGGAAACCACGAAAACGAACUCCAGAAGAUCUACAGAGAGAAGUCGAUUAUUUGAAAAGUUCGCUGGGUCGUACUCGAAUGAAAAUGAGCCAAGCAUGCGAAAGCCUAAUAUCGUAUUGUGAAACCUUUUCCGAUUACGAUUUCUUCAUUCAAUCGGUUUUACCGUCAAAUCCAUGGGUCACGGAUGAUAUCACAUUUUGGCAACUGAAUAACACCAUUGUCGAUAUACCGACCGAGAAACGUGUCAAACGAUGGGCGAUAUCAAUUGAAGAAUUGGUUUCCGAUCCGACUGGAUUGCAAGAAUUUACAGCUUAUUUGCGGAAGGAGUAUUCGCACGAGAAUAUUCGCUUCUGGAUUGCUGUGAACGACUUAAGACGUUCGGCUCAUUCACAGAUUCCGAGAAAAGUGAAAGAAAUUUAUGAAGAAUUCUUGGAGCCAGGCGCACCCUGUGAGAUUAACAUUGACGGCAAAACUAUGGAAAAAGUGCAGCAGGGCCUUAAGUCACCAUGUCGUUUUACAUUUGAUGCGGCUGCUGAGCACAUCUACGCGCUGUUAUUGAAAAAAGACUGUUACCCGCGAUUCGUACGAUCGGAACAUUAUAAAUCUUUGUUAGCAACCGGAAUUCAACCAUCACAUAAAAAGCGUUUCUUUGGAUUCGGUGUGCCGAAAAAGAAGAGCAGCACAGCACCGCCAAUACAAGCUUUAUUGACACAGGUUCCCGGUCCCAGCAUGGCUCCACCAUCUGGUAAUUUGUCGCGGCGACGAGGUAGUGACCGAAGUUUAUCCGGUUCAGCUCAUGAGCUUGCUGUAUCUGCUUGCAUGAAAGAUGGGGCGAGUAAGGUGCCACAUUCGCACAGCCAGAGUAAUCUCAGCGAUACUCCCUACAGUGUAGUGAUUUACAGGGGCGAUAUGCCAUCACCAGAGGUAUCUCUGCCGGCCACAACGGAAGACCCUAAAUUAACCUCCACUGCAACUGGAGUUCAUGAUGCUAAUUUGAAAAAUCCGGAAGGCACAAAACUAGUUGCUGAAAAUGUUGGACCAGACAUUGGAGCAUGCGCCGUAUGUCCUUGGGAAAUGCCCGAAACUGUCGAGCCCACCGUGUCGGUUUCGGUUUGUCCAUGGGAAAGUGAGGAAUUGCCACAAUCAUCCGAUGCAAAAUCGCGAAAAGAUCCGGACGUAAUCGGUUCUUCAGCUGAUAUUAGUGACGUUUCAGAUAGGUUCCGACGCUCGUGUGGACUGAGACAAAGUACAUUGGACUGUGACUUAUUGAGUCACAAGAAAUUAGCUCCAAUUGGAGGUUCCGAACAAAGGCGAGCUUCAAUGACAAUUCCUCCCAGGAUAAGUGAUCUUCAAUUUUCAUUUCAUCAAAGUGAAAGCCCGACAAAUCAAUCGCCCAUUUUGCCUAAAAGCGAACGGCCAAAUACAUCGCAAAUGACGUUAAGUCUCACCAAAACAGUCAGCUUCGAUAAUCGCGAAGAAUUGCACCACACAAAUCCGAUAAAAGUUAUAGCUGACGAAAUCGUUACCGAAAACGUAAUCAAUGAACAAUUAACUGAUACCAAAUCCAAUAAUGAUACAAUACCAAAAACUAUACAAGAUAAACGAGAUAUAAGUUUAGUGAAAUUCAGUGAAUGUGAUAAUUUAGUGAAAGAAACUGCAUUGUGCGAAAUCCAAAAUCAACCAAUUGUUGAUUCCACAUCAAAUGUAUCGUCCCUGGGAAUGACACCAACUAUUCCAAUAGUUGUUUGUACGGUUAGUGAUAGUGAAGCGAAGUGCAUGGAAGUAGACAGUGACAACGGGAUCACUGACUACAGCACCGACAAGCAAACAGUGCAACAUACAAACGUCUUAGCCACGACCACCGACGACAAGUGCAUACCGCAAGAGGAACUGUCGCCCACAACGGAUGAAUAUCAGGAGUGUUGCAUACCAGUUCACUAUCAAUAUGAUAUAUCAACCGACGGUGAAAUGCUCGCUCGCGGCUGUGUAGCUCCAGCGCCAACACCUGCACCAUCCAUCGCUCCACUGGCUGAGGUUGAAGUUGAUCCGCCGGAAGAUGAACUCGAUACUGAAGAAAUGGAAUCGGUUCAUGUGUCCGAAUCGGCGGGUGAAUCAAAAACCGAAAUAAAGAAAACGGAUAAGCAGGAGGGAGAUGGCGCUGCUGUCGUGGAAAAAGAUGUAGUCGAAACACAGUGUGAAGAAACGCAAUGCAGAAAUGCUGUGUGUCCGUGGGAAGACGAGGAUGUAACAUCCGAUGCACCGUUCGUAAAGACUUAUGCAACGCUUGGAUACCUCUAGAAAGGGUAAUUAUUCUACGAUACGUCAACCAAAAAGAAAAAAAAUAUGAAUUAAAUAAAUAGAAAGCUCUUUAAACGAAGAUUACUAAUAAAGAAGAAGAAGAAGAAGAAAAAAAACUUACUUACAGGCCAUCUUAACGGCUUAUUAUGUUUAGAUGUAGUAAAUUAUUCAAAAUAAACCUUUUACAGUAAAUUAACAAAAAUCAUCAAUAACAUGGACAAAACAAAGGGAUAAAAAAAAACUUAAAAUUAUAUUAAACGGGACAAGUAAAUAUAUAACUCUUAUAUAGUGACACAGUGAUUCUACGAAAAUAAAAAGAAAAAUGUUGAAUUACAUUUAUGGAUUGCACAAACGGCUGGUUCUCUCUCUAUAUAUUUAUCCAUAUUUUGUCGUUGCGUAGUGAAAUGUACCAUAUUCAAAUGAAACGCUAAGGGUAUGCUGUCUGACCAGAUUUUCUACAGAUUUUUUACCAGAUUUGUUUUGGUUGAUUAAAUAAUUAUUUUUCUUAUAAGUUUAUCAAAAUGAAAUGGCAAUAACUUCUCAAUAUCACGAAAAUAUUAUCGAAAAAACAAAGUGUCUAGCUAUUUGCUUGAAAUGAAUUAAUAAUCAUAUUGAACGAGCCCUACAGGUAUGAUAAUUAAAAAUUUAUUUCCCUAAGCAAAUGGUUAACGGAAUAAUUAAUG